CGGGGCCGGGCGGGUAGGUGACGUCAUUGGAGCUAACCCACACCUUCGGCGAGCUCGUUUCCGCUCCUACCUGCGUCCUGAACCAUGCCCGCGGCCGGACGCCGUCGGUCUCCUUGAGCCUUUCCUUCCCCGGGACCCGCUGGGAGAUGUCGCCCGCCUCGGAGAGACUGCCGCCGGGCUCCGGCUGAGGUUUCGGUGUUUCACGCUCACAGACAGAUCUACAGCAACCUUUCACUGUAAAAGCCAGCAUCUCAUUGCGGCGCUGUCAAGAUUUCCAACACAGAUUUUCAAAUGAAAAUGGAGGAUAUGCCCCUCUCAGGCCCAGACAACACCAAGCUGGAGGCCUUGGUCCAGGACAUCUACUCGGAGCUGGUGGAAGAUGCCUGUUUGGGCCUGUGUUUCGAGGUGCACCGUGCCGUGAAGCAGGGCUACUUCUUCCUCGAUGAAACCGACCAGGAGAGCAUGAAGGAAUUUGAAAUCGUGGACCAGCCCGGCGUGGACAUCUUUGGACAGGUGUACAACCAGUGGAAGAACAAAGAGUGCGAGUGUCCCAAUUGCAAGCGGCUGAUCGCGGCUUCGCGCUUCGCCCCACACCUGGAGAAAUGUCUGGGGAUGGGGCGCAACAGCAGCCGCAUCGCCAACCGCAGACUCGCCAGCAACAACAACAUGAGCAAGUCGGAGAGUGAUCAGGAAGACAACGACGAUCUCAACGACAACGACUGGUCGUACGGCGCAGAGAAGAAGGCCAAAAAGAGAAAAUCCGACAAGAACCAGAACUCCCCGAGAAGAUCCAAAACCCUGAAACACAAGAAUGGUGAGCUCGGGAGCAGCGUUUCCUCAGAACCCUACAAGUACAACUUUAACUCUGGCAUCAACUACGAGACGCUGGGACCAGACGAGGUUCGAUCGCUUCUAACGACGCAAUGCGGCGUGAUCUCCGAGCACACCAAGAAGAUGUGCACCAGGUCUCAGCGGUGUCCCCAGCACACGGACGAACAGAGGAGGGCCGUCAGGGUGUUCCUCCUGGGGCCGUCCGCGCCGGCGCUGCCCGACGGCGACGCGGCGUUGGAGAACGACGGCUUCGACGUCCCCGACGGCCAGAGCCUGAUGAGCCGCCUGCAGUGGGAGGACUCGCCGGACGUCUCGCCCACCGACUCGGCCUCGUCCAAAGCCAGCGCCAAUCAUUCAGAUUCGAGGAGACCCAAGAAGAAGAAGAGGCCGUCUCUCGGUUUAAUCAGUGGAGCUGCAGGAGGAGGAGGAGGAGCAGCAGGAGGAGGAGGAGGAGCAGGAGGAAGUGUGACGAUAGGCGGCAGCACCUCCUCUCAGAAUAACGUCAGUUUAAUGACCAAAAAGAAGAGGCCCAAACUCCCAGCUCCUUCCAUUUCCAACAUCUACGAUGACUUAAGCUAAUUUCUUCUUCUCACAUUCCA